CUUAAGUCCCGCCACGCCGCGUCGUCUUGUACGUGAUUGCAUCCGACGUGUGGCUUGCGGCCGGUCUUAUAUCGGGAACACACACAUUGCUUUGAUACCUGCAUAUAUGAUGCUUGCGAGCUCAGCUGCGUUGUGCCCUCUUCCACAGAGAAUCCUCGACGUUAGCUAAGGCACGGGUGCAGUCACUUGCCGCCACGCAAAACGGACUCCAAUGUGCCGCCACGAUAUAGCACUUGUCGUUCGAAGAUGGAGGAGCGAGCAUGGGGGAAGCUGAGCAAGAACGCACCACCUCCGGCACCGGGUAGCGAGCCGUCUCUUCGCCCUCUUCCGGCCACGGUCGUUGCCCGGAUCAAGUCGUCCGCCACCAUCUCUAGUCUGGCUGGUGUCGUGCUGGGCCUGCUGCAAAACUCCCUGGAUGCGGGUAGCACCAAGAUCAGCGUGGACGUCGAUUUCACUCGGGGAAACUGCACUGUGGAGGACAACGGGUACGGCAUCGCGCCUUCAGAGUUUGCCGAGAAUGGCGGGCUCUGUAAGCUAUACUGCACGUCCAAGUACGGCGACUCGAGGCCGAGUGCAUCUACGACAUACGGCGCUUACGGAACGUUCCUUGCUUCUUUGGGAGCCCUGUGCCUUCUUACAGUGACGGCAAGGCACUGUAAGUACUACUCCACCAAUUCGCUCAUCAUACACCAGUCCAAAGUGAUAUCCAGACUGAUGCCUGCCCCGGCCUCGCACCAGCUGGAUAGUCGCGACCAUGGCGCCCGAGUGACGGUUCGAGAUCUCUUUGGAAACAUGCCUGUCCGCGUGAAGCAAAGGGCCUUGCUCGCACAGCAGCAGGGCGAAAUGGACAAGCUGUGGGACGAGCUGAAGAGUGGCAUUACCGCUCUUCUCGUCGCCUUCGCUGCACCAAUCUCCUUGCAUAUGCGAGACACCACGUCAGGCAAACAAUUUGCUAUCAAGAACGCCGAAUCAAAUGGAGGCUCUGGCAAGAUGGCGAGCACAAUAACUCCUCUCCUGCCUCCUAAACACAAGCACAUCGUAUUCCUUCUUCGCCAAACGUGCAGACUGCCCUCCAACACUGCCGGUGCCUGGGUCCCUGUUUCUGCAUCGUCUAGAUCCGUCACUAUAAAAGGCAUGAUCAACCUCUGUCCCUGCCCAUCUAAAGCCAACCAGUAUCUCUCCCUGGGCAUACACCCUCUUCUAAAAUCGCAGCACAACAUAUUAUACGAGCAUAUCAACCGUCUUUUUACACGCUCUCGCUUCGGCGCCAUCGAAGCUGAGCAACCCUCUGAUACUGAGAGGGAACGACGAAAAAGCGGUGCGCGAUUCAACGAUGAAGGAGUGAGUAGAAGGGUUGUGUCAUGUGAGAAAGGGGUGGAGAGGUGGCCGAUGUUUGUUCUGACGAUCGAGGAAAAGAAUGGAAGGGCUGGCAGGAGUGAAGACGAAGUUCUGGGGAGCGGGGCGGGUCUGGAGCGAGUACUCAAGGUUUUGGAUGCGCUUGUUGGAAGAUGGUUAGAAGCACAUCAUUUCAAGCCGAGCGGACAAGAGAAAAAAGCACGGGGCGGGACCGAUGCCAUGAACGAGGUCAGCGUAACUGACGAUGAAAAUGUGCGUUCAGUGUCCGGACUAUAUAAUCGGGCGAUUCAAGAUGCUCGAGCAACCCAGCAUACAACACCGUAUACUGGGGUGUCUACUGUGAACGCACUAAGCAGAAUCAAAAGCUCGAAGGGAGAGUCGCUUGGAAAACGACCUGCAAGUACGUCAAGUACUGAGGCUUCUGCAAACAGAAAGAAGCCGUUGAUCAGUGUCGAGGCCAUACCUAGCGAUUGGUCCCGACGUCCUUGUCCAAGCAGAAGCACACAAGCGCGCACCGAGCAUGGCGAGAGCAGGAGUUUUGCGGAUGACGAUACUCAAUUGACGAUGCUAGCUUCUAAAGUCGCUGACGAGCACCAAGACGGAGCCGUUGAAUGGGUCGACCCAUUUACGAGAGAAAGGCACAUGUUGAAUGCUCAAACGGGCAUGCCAAUGCCAACUCACCAAAACGUCGACUCGACCCGCCGGGGCAGACGUAUCUCUCUGCCAUCUAGAGAAUGUCGCCCACCGGCUGGGAGCGAAACAACGCCGCUACCGUUCAUAGAUUCUCUUUUGGAGCGCUGGCAGAAUCCCGUCUUCCGCCCGCGAGAACAGCCAAUCGUACGUGCCUCGUUCGAUGCAACUCACAGUCACGGUGCGAUUGAGAUCGACAGCGCGUUCGAGGAGGUCUCACGCUUGAAUGGUCACAAGAUUUCCAGGGCCGCGCUGAAGGAUGCGGAAAUUUUGGCGCAAGUGGAUGAGAAGUUCAUCCUUGUAAAACUGAACGAGCUUGACGAGGAACGGUCGCUCCUCGUGGCAAUCGACCAACACGCCGCAGACGAGCGCGUCAAGAUCGAGCAGCUGCUCCAGGACUUGUGCAGCCCGCCGGACGGAUUGGAUCGGCAUUUCUCUUCUCAGCAGGGCCUCCGUUCCGCGGUCAAGACAAGCAUGCUUGGUAAACCGCUCAAGUUCUACGUUCCCGCGCGGGAAGGCGAGUUGUUUCGGCGCUACAUGAGGCACUUCGCUGACUGGGGCAUCCUUUUCGAUGUGGAAUCUUUAGGCACUGACAACGACAACGGUGACGACGACGACGACAACAACAACAACGAUGACGAUGACGAUGAUGGAGGCAGCCAGGAGUGUGUGAUUGUGCACAGCUUGCCGCCCGUAAUUGCCGAGCGGUGCAGAAUAGAUCCUAGGCUGCUCAUCUCACUUCUUCGGUCUGAGUCCUGGAGACUUGCUGAAGAUGGGACAACAUACAACGGCACGUCGCUUGAGAGUGGGCAGGCCUGGUUCAAGCGCCUCGCGCAGUGUCCGCGGGAGCUGCUCGACCUCGCCAAUUCCCGUGCGUGCAGAAGCGCCAUAAUGUUCAACGACGGGCUUUCGAGGGAGCGCUGCGCGGCGCUUGUCGCCGAUCUGGCGGAAUGUGCGUUCCCCUUCAUGUGUGCGCAUGGAAGGCCAAGCAUGGUGCCUUUGAUUGAGAUAGGGACGGCACGGGCGGGCGACGCUGGUGCGAUGGGCGGUGAGAAUGAAGAAGAGGACUACGCGGCUGCAUUUGGACGGUGGCGACGCCAAGAACAUCAGUGACGCGCAAAAGAAACUCAAGGCCAUCUUUGAAGCCAUCCUUUCUCACAUUUUCGAUACACAACAACCCUAAUAUUAUAUAGAACUUUUGUGAAGUUUCUAGUCAACAUCCUUCCCGCGUCGCAUGGCGCAGUCAUA